UCUGUAUCGCGGUACGUUCAACGUUUGCGUUACAUUUUUACGUGAUUCGUUACAUAAAAUUUAUCUUGUUGUAGUACUUGCACAAGUACUAUACCACUUCCAUACUUGUAACCACUAACUCUCAUUUCUAAUAGUUAUGGUUAAUCAAAGUAAAAAGCAGCGAACCCAAUCCCCUGUAAAACUGGUGUCUAAUUUAACGUCCUUGAUUGCUACAUCAAGCAACACACCCCCAACAAACGGCUAUAGUGAGUCACAUAACUCACGUGUAUGCCGUAAGCGUCGAGCUGAAACUGAAAAUAAAACUGUACUGACAGCCAGUAUUAGCACUACUCCUAAAAAUUCGGUACCCUCUGCUCAUACAGAACUCCUCCCUUCACCUUAUGUGCUUAUGGAGAAACUCCAGCCAUCAAGCUCUUUUUCAGUACUAUCUUCAGAAAUAGAACUUCUAAAGUUGUCUAUAGGAGAACUUAAGGCUGAGUUAAGGGAAAUAAAAAACAGCAAGUCAGUAAAUGCUGGAAACAUCGAAACCAAUACCGAGAUAUCCAAAUUAUCAGAUCAGAUCAGCGAUAUCAGAUCGCAGGUCUGUGGACUGACACCUCUAACUAUC